UAUACUUGAAAUCUUUUUGUAACAAACAAAUUAAGGAUUCGUCAAUUAAUCUCUCUCUAUCAUGCGUGCGUUGCCAUCGGAAAAUUGGCCGGCGGCGCCGGCGAUUAAAGUGAUGCAAGACCCAGAAGCAACAUCGACAUGCAAAGACAGUGAGUGCCGUCGAUGGAAACCAUACUCGAACUCGAAAGACUUUGAAAGAGAGGCAUGGCUCAUAUUCGCCAUCCUCUUCGGCCUCGUUUUCCUAGGAAUCGCGAUUCACGCCGUCGUUUGUUGUAUAAUCAGACGUCGGUGUAGUCUCCGGCGCCGGCAGCAGCAGCAGGAGGAGGAGGAGUCCGUUAAUGAUAACGGCGGCGGCGGCGGAGGAGGAGGAGGAGUGAUGAUCUCGGGUGUAGAUAUAGUGGGAGAGGUGGUGGUGUUUAAAAAUUCAGCGGCGGUGGCGGUGGUGGAUUGUGCGAUUUGUUUAUCGGAGUUUUCGGAAGAAGAAAGAGUGAUGGUUUUGGAAGGAUGUAAACAUGGAUUUCAUGUUAAUUGCAUAAAACAAUGGCUGUCUUCUCACUCUUCUUGUCCGAUUUGCAGAGCCAAAACAUUUCUUUCUUCUUCUUCCUCCCCAGGAGGAAUUCAUCUUAAAAAUAUUGUUACUAAUUGAUUUCAUUCUGUCAAUUUACAGAGUUUGCGUAAAUUUUAUUAUAUAAGGAUGAUAAUU